AUGUUUUCCAGUUGGGCUGUGUUCACUGUGGCUGUGUUCACUGGGGCUGUGUUCACUGUGGCUGUGUUCACUGUGGCUGUGUUCACUGUGGCUGUGUUCACUGUGGCUGUGUUCACUGUGGCUGUGUUCACUGUGGCUGUGUUCACUGUGGCUGUGUUCACUGUGGCUGUGUUCACUGUGGCUGUGUUCACUGUGGCUGUGUUCACUGUGGCUGUGUUCACUGUGGCUGUGUUCACUGUGGCUGUGUUCACUGGGGCUGUGUUCACUGUGGCUGUGUUCACUGUGGCUGUGUUCACUGGGGCUGUGUUCACUGGGGCUGUGUUCACUGUGGCUGUGUUCACUGUGGCUGUGUUCACUGUGGCUGUGUUCACUGUGGCUGUGUUCACUGUGGCUGUGUUCACUGUGGCUGUGUUCACUGUGGCUGUGUUCACUGUGGCUGUGUUCACUGGGGCUGUGUUCACUGUGGCUGUGUUCACUGUGGCUGUGUUCACUGGGGCUGUGUUCACUGUGGCUGUGUUCACUGUGGCUGUGUUCACUGGGGCUGUGUUCACUGGGGCUGUGUUCACUGGGGCUGUGUUCACUGGGGCUGUGUUCACUGUGGCUGUGUUCACUGUGGCUGUGUUCACUGGGGCUGUGUUCACUGUGGCUGUGUUCACUGUGGCUGUGUUCACUGUGGCUGUGUUCACUGGGGCUGUGUUCACUGUGGCUGUGUUCACUGUGGCUGUGUUCACUGGGGCUGUGUUCACUGUGGCUGUGUUCACUGGGGCUGUGUUCACUGGGGCUGUGUUCACUGUGGCUGUGUUCACUGUGGCUGUGUUCACUGUGGCUGUGUUCACUGGGGCUGUGUUCACUGGGGCUGUGUUCACUGUGGCUGUGUUCACUGGGGCUGUGUUCACUGUGGCUGUGUUCACUGUGGCUGUGUUCACUGUGGCUGUGUUCACUGUGGCUGUGUUCACUGGGGCUGUGUUCACUGGGGCUGUGUUCACUGUGGCUGUGUUCACUGUGGCUGUGUUCACUGUGGCUGUGUUCACUGUGGCUGUGUUCACUGGGGCUGUGUUCACUGGGGCUGUGUUCAUACUAAAAAACUACAAUGUAUACUCUACAUUGUAG